AUGUCACUAAGUAUAGGGCUCAAAGGAUUUCCCAUGACAAGACCAUUGGUCAUACGACUUGAGGCUGUUUUGACUCCCUCUAUUUCUCAUUGCGCUAGAUUUUAUACUUUACCUAAGGUACAUAAAGUUGGCACUCCUUUUAGACCAAUUGUCUCCAACAUUGGUACCUCGUCUUACAAGCUCGCAAAAUUGUUAGUUUCUGUCUUCUCCCCUCUCCUUGGUAAUAAUUCUUUCACCACCAAAAAUUCACUUGAGUUUGUUAAAGAUGUUAAAAAUCUGAAACCUAAUGGUUAUUUGAUGGCCUCAUUUGAUGUUAAAUCUCUGUUCACUAAUGUUCCUGUUGAGGGGGCUAUGGAAUGCCUAAAACUUAGACUUUCGGAAUAUCAUUUUUCCCAACAUGAGGUCGAUGAAUAUGUUAACCUCACCCGUGUUUGUUUACAACAAAAUACUUUCGCGUUUGACAACAAAUUUUACCGUAUGACCAAUGGUCUUGCCAUGGGAAAUCCUUUGAGCCCUAUACUUAGUGACAUCUAUAUGCAUUAUUUUGAAAGUAAACUAUUCAAAAUCUUGACUUUCCCCUUUUAUAAAAGAUAUGUUGACGACAGUUUUGCUUUGUUAGAUGAUAAUAAUUGUAAUUUAGACCAAAUUCUUAACGUUAUGAACAGCAUUGAUCCUUGCAUUCAAUUCACCUUUGAAUUAGAGACUAAUCAAAAACUUCCUUUCUUAGAUGUUCUUGUGACUCGGAAUGAUAAUUCAUUCCAUACUACUGUUUUUCGUAAACCUUUUGCUGUUUCUCUUCCCCCUCAUUACAAAUCCUCCCACCCUCCCAACCAAAAACUUGCCGCUUUUCGGUCGUUUGUCUACCGUGCUGUUAAUAUUUGUUCCAAUAUUGAUCUUCUUGAUGCAGAAUUAAAUUACAUUAAAGCCAUUGCUCGUGACAGAGGUUAUUCCCAUAACAUUAUUGAUAAUAUCUAUAAAAACUUAACUAAACAGUCGCCCACCCAUAAACCUUCCAAAGAUUUUUCUAACAAUUUGCCCAUUGACAGUCAAAAUAACUGGGGCAUAUACCAUAUUAAUUGCCAAUGCGGCCUUUUAUAUAUCGGUCAAACUAAGCGUGCCUUAAAGUGCCGUGUCAAGGAGCAUGAAGCUUAUGUCAAAAAACAAGAAUUUAAACGUUCAUCUAUUGCCCAACAUUGUUGGGACUCUAAUCAUAAUUUUAAUUUUUCUUCUUCUAAAGUCAUUCAAAAUUGCUCUUCAAUAUUUGAUUUAGAUUUUUAC